AUUAGUGCAAAGGAUAUUGGCUGUGUCAUUAAUCAUUCCAUGUGGUUGCACCUCUGGCAGUCCUAUAGCAGUUGUGACAGUCUCGAACAAUAUAAAUUCAUUGGUAGACUCUGUCGAAAUACUAACAUGGAGAAGGAAAGAAAGAAGCUGGGCCUGCCAGCGCUGCGCUAUCUAGUAUGCGAAGGGGGCUCCUGCCCUAUAUUCAAACAGGCCAAAGUAUACAAACAUCUUGCGUUGUUGGUGAAUGCCCGUACUCCGUGACAGCAGUCAGGUUAAAGCAGAGCAUGUUACUUUACAAUAUAUCAUAACUGCUUAGACCAUGGUUACCUUUCUGGAUAUAAAUCCUGGUGCAGACAUAGAUAAAGAACGUUUGGGCAUGGGCAGCUUUACCACGAUGAGAGUUGCAAAUCCUGCACAUGUUUAUGGAGCAGACUUAUG